UUCUCUUUGCUUAAUAUCAGCCAGAGAGGGCUGAUCAAGAAACCAUUCUCCUCCCUCCCCUUAACGCAGUUAAGGUGGAGAGUGGCAUAUAGGUCCAUCCUUCUACCUAAAGCCAUGUACCGAACUAAACUGAACUGAAGAAACCAUUCGUCUGCCAUUUUAAUUUUCUUUUCUACCGGAAAGUUCAUAGGCGACACCAUGAGCUCUUUGAAGCUCCAGAAGAGGCUAGCAGCCUCUGUUAUGCGAUGUGGCAAAAAGAAAGUAUGGUUGGAUCCGAAUGAGAUCAACGAAAUUGCAAACACGAAUUCCCGACAGAAUAUCAGAAAGCUUAUUAAAGAUGGUUUGAUCAUUAAGAAGCCUGUGGCAGUACAUUCGCGGGCACGUGUCCGUAAGAAUACAGAGGCCAGACGUAAAGGACGUCACUGUGGUUUUGGUAAAAGAAAAGGUACUGCAAAUGCACGAACGCCACAAAAGGACUUAUGGAUACAACGGAUGAGAGUCUUACGUCGGCUACUGAAAAAGUAUCGCGAGACUAAGAAAAUAGAUCGUCAUUUGUAUCAUUCGUUAUACAUGAAGGCCAAGGGUAAUGUCUUCAAGAAUAAGCGAGUACUCAUGGAGUUCAUACAUAAAAAAAAGGCAGAAAAGGCGCGUGCGGAAAUGCUGUCGGAUCAAGCAGAGGCCCGCCGAACGAAAGUCAGAGAGGCGCGCAAACGACGCGCAGAACGCAUCGCUUCGAAGAAGCAAGAGCUUCUGCAGUCGUAUCAGCGCGAGGACGAAGCCGCCGCGGCGCAGAAGAAAUAAAUUGGUGGUCAUUUAAAAUUUUAUGUAUUAGAAAUAAAAUUGUUCAAAAUACAACAAAAUCUGAUUAGUUUCAA